AUGUUUACCGAUGAAGCUAUGUUCCAUCAUAACGGCCAAUUAAAUAGGCACAAUUCACAUUAUUGGUCGCCUAUAAAUCCUCAUUGGACUCACAUGGUUGACAAUCAACGCAGGUGGACUCUUCAUGUAUGGUGUGGAAUAAUUAAUGGAUAUUUGAUAGGACCUUACUUUUUUGAAUACAAUUUAAACAGUGCAAGAUACCUUUCAUUUUUGCAAAACGAAUUAUCAGGUCUUUUAGAAGAGGUUGAUAUCAAUACUCGUAAAAAAAUGUGGUGGCAACAAGAUGGAGCACCGCCUCACUCGGCUGGAAUAGUCGCCACUUACCUUAAUCAAGUGUACCAUGAAAAAUGGAUAGGCAGAUUCGGCCCUACAAAGUGGCCUCCACGUUCUCCAGAUUUAACUUCACCAGAUUUUUACUUGUGGGCUAGAAGUUUGGGCUACCCUAUAGCACAGGCGCCCGCACCAGCGCUGGCUCCUGCACCAGCGUUGGCUCCCGCACGGGCACCGGCUCCCGCACGGGCACUGGCUCCCACACCGGCGCCCGCACCGGCAUUGGCGCCCGCACCGGCCCCAGCACCGGCGCACCAGCGCCCGUACCGGCGCCCGCACCGGCCCCCGCAUACAUAA